GAGAGAGCCGAAGCCGACGAUAGAGCGAGAUCCGACCGCCCUGGAGGAAUCAGUUUGCCGCGAAGACGUCGGCCUGCUUGAGCUCGAGGAUGGCACGGAUGGCGGCCAGGCUUCCACCAGGCGCCGCGCACCUUGGACUUCUGAUCGCUGGGCGGUGGUGGCUGAGAGCGACCAGCCUCUGGAUAUCGAACUUGCAGAGCAGUUGGUGGCAGACUCCAUUUCGCUUGGACUCCCCGACAGACUACACCAGGAAUCGCGGGGCCAGCCCACAUCUCCUGCAAAAGCUCUUCCGGUGGAGGAUGCCGGCGAGAACAAGAAGGUAUUCCGGGAGCACCUUUCUCACGGGACCACGCAGCACUCCGUGAACGGUGAGGUCCAGGCCAAUGAAGACUUCGAUCUGCCGUUCAGCCAUUCCGAGGAGAACGUCGCCAACCUGCCCUUUGCCGCUCACUCCUCGGACAGCUUUCAGGUACCACACAGGAUCCGAUCGAAGUCGAAGGGCUCCGACUCCUGUGGGUGGAAUCUCGCUUGCCUGGGAUCCGCCUGCGGCUCUUCGGCUCCUGCAUCGGAGGCGUGUGAGGUCAAGGCGCAGCGUCAGCUGGCGAGAGCAAACGAGGGCGAUUUCGCCGAUCCGGAGCGAUCCUGGUCACCGCUUUGCAAUUCCAAUGAGCCGCACUCGCCUCGAGCAUUGGCAGACUUGAAAAAAGAGCUGGAGGAUACCAUCUACACGUUCCAGAUUGUCGUAGAGAAGUUCGGCAAGAAGCUCGGUUUGGCCUAUGACGACUCCGAUGGUGAGUGCCUGGUGAUAAAGAACAUCAACCCAGGCGUUCUGUACGACAGCAUCUACAAGCACGGCGCUGACAAAUGGGUUCACAUAGAAGACCGGAUCGUCGCGAUCAACAGCGUACGUGGGAAGUCAGAGUUGCUGGAACAGGAAAUUAUGCGGUCGGAUGUGAUCCACAUCACCCUGCAGCGUCCCAAGCCCCCACGCGGCGUGCAUUACUUCUGUGUGGACCCGGAAAAUCCUACCGUCACCGUCCACGCCUACGAUUUGUUUGGCCACGGUAGAGGGCCUCUUGCCUGCGUGUCACGAACGAUCAAUGCCGUCAGCACUCGCUUUGGCCUGUUCCAUACAGGAGUGGAGGUCUACGGCCAGGAGUGGUACUUCGGAGCGAACAUGGAAGGCCUUUUCCACGGGGUUCAGCCGAUGGACCCCAAGCAGCACCCGGUGCACCGGUACCGCUGCUCUGUGAUUCUGGGCAGGACGGAGGUGACGCCAGAGGCCUUUGAGGAGCUACUUCCGCUGGUUCGGAUGAAAUGGCCUUCCUGGUCUUAUCACGCAAUGUCCCGGAACUGCCAUAGCUUCUCGGACUUCUUCUGCCGAAUGUUGGGCUUCCCAUCUGCGCCGAAAUUCGGGCUGUUUGGGUGUGGUGACGAGCACCUGUGCAUAGGCGGCGGUGCGAUAACGGAUGCACGCUCCAUGGUGCGAAAUUGCAGCUUCACUGGCUGCAUGUCCAUGCGCAGCGCAGAGGGCCGCCUCCCGACCUCGCCAACGAUGCGAGACGAGGUACAUUCGACGCCAGUUGUACCGCAAUUGCGCAGAAGAUGCAACAAGGCCCAUCCAGCGUUUCCCGAGAUACAGGGCCUUUUCCCUUAG